CCAGACCUAGAAGGAGACACAGGCUGGUGGCCACCAGCCAAAUCAAGCUUGGGCGGCGAGGGAGGAGGGGCAGGGGCCCCGGGAGGUGGCCUUUGCGACUCUGGGGCCACUCCUGCAGACUCUGGUCCCGCGAGCGCGAGCUGGAAGCAUAAAAGGUCCGGGCGGGUAAGGGCGGGCCUGCAGCAGGAGGUGGGCUCCAGACCCCCCCCCCCCCUCCAACCUGUUGCGGGGCGCAGCGGGCUGUAGAGAUGGGCCGUUACUCAGGCAAGACAUGCCGGCUGCUGUUCAUGCUGGUGCUCACCGCUGCCUUCUUCGUGGCCGAGCUGGUGUCGGGUUACCUGGGCAACUCCAUCGCGCUGCUCUCGGACUCGUUCAACAUGCUGUCAGACUUGAUCUCGUUGUGCGUGGGCCUGGGCUCCGGCUACAUCGCGCGGCGCGGUCCCCGCGGCUCGGGUGCCACCUACGGCUACGUGCGGGCCGAGGUGGUGGGCGCGCUCAGCAACGCAGUCUUCCUCACCGCGCUCUGCUUCACCAUCUUCGUGGAGGCCGUGUUGCGCCUCGCGCGGCCCGAGCGCAUCGACGACCCGGAGCUGGUGCUUAUCGUGGGCGCCCUGGGGCUGGCGGUCAACGUGGUGGGGCUGCUCAUCUUCCAGGACUGCGGCUCCUGCUUCUCCCGCUGCGCGCGGGGUCGCCGGACCCGCCCUUCGCAGCAGCCAAGCCAGGGGGAUCCUCCUGGCGCUUUGGGGUGUCCCCAAGAGGCUGCGACAGCCACAGCUCCCGGCUCGGGCACAGCAGUGACUCUCCGGGGGUCCUCGGCCGGAAGAAAGCAGCAGGAGGGCGCGACCGUGUUCUCUAAUGUAGCAGGUGAUUCCCUGAACACUGAGAAUGAACCAGAAGAGACGACGAAAAAAGAGAAGAAGUCUGAAGCACUCAAUAUCAGAGGUGUUCUUUUGCACGUGAUGGGAGAUGCCUUGGGGUCCGUGGUUGUGGUCAUCACAGCUAUCAUAUUCUAUGUUCAGCCCCUGAGACGUGAAGACCCGUGUAAUUGGCAAUGCUACAUUGACCCCAGUUUGACUGUUGUCAUGGUCAUCAUUAUCUUAUCGUCAGCUUUCCCACUGAUCAAAGAGACUGCUGUCAUCUUGCUGCAGAUGGUCCCCAAGGGGGUCAACAUGGAAGAGCUGAUGAGCCAGCUGUCUACCGUGCCUGGGAUUAGCAGUGUGCAUGAAGUGCACAUCUGGGAACUUAUAAGUGGGAAGAUCAUUGCCACCUUGCACAUCAAACACCAGAAGGGCACGGAAUACCAGGAUGCCAGCAGAAAAAUCAGAGAGAUCUUCCACCACGCUGGAAUCCACAACCUGACUAUCCAGUUCGAAACCCUGGACUUGAAGGAAGCCCUGGAGCAAAAGGACUUCUUGCUGACCUGCAGUGCUCCCUGCAUCACCCAGAGCUGCGCGAAGAAGCUGUGCUGUCCCCCGGGGACACUGCCUCUGGCUCUCGUCAAUGGUUGUGCAGAGCACAAUGGCAGGCCCUCUCGAGAGUCUUACCGAAGCAUAGAAGCUCCAGAAGUGGCCAUUGAUGUGGCUUUGGAUGGCUGUCCAAGGGAGCAGGGACAGACUCUCAGCAAGACUCAAGAGAGACAGCAUUAUGAAAACAGUACUCAUUUUUAGUGAGUUCCCACACAAUUCAAACUGUCUGAAAGACACUUUGGUGUCACCAGCUCUGCUUAUGGGAAGAGCUUUGUGGGUGUGUAUCCUGUCAGUAGGGGUCAGCCGUUUGAGAUGUUAGUGGAACAAGCCUGCUGAUUUUCAUGUGAUGGAUAACCCCUUUCCAGUACCCUGGGCAUCUCAUGGUUUUCUGUGACAGUUUCAGUAUGGACAUGAACUUCCUAAAGCAGAUUGCCCUAAUGUAUAUACCAGGAGUGCUGAAGGACUCAGUGACUAUGACAUGGGACUCUGAGUCGGUCUUGUCUGUCUUGUGGUGCUGGGGAAUUGCAUACAGGGCUUGUGCAUGCUAAGGAACUGCUCUGUUACCGAGAUGAACCCUGUAGCCUUUGCUUUUAAACCCAUCAGAACUUCUAGCUGACUCUCAAGUGAGCUCAAAGCUUAAGUGGCUAGAAAAGAAGUUAAGCACCUUAUGUUUCCUUCUCUUCCCCUCAAAGACCAUAAAAGGUGAACGUCAGCUAAUUUAUAGCACUUACAGAACUUAUAGCACUGCAGAAGUAUAUAUUCUUAAGUCCAUUCUUGGACCAUGAGACAUGAACACCUAAAAAAUGAAUGCAAAAUGCAUAGCUAUUAAGAUGGAAAGACAGAUUGCCUCUUAAGGCAGGGAGUGCUCUCAAAACAUUAGGGGGGUACGCUUUGCUGGGGUGGAGGGAAAGGUGGGUUCUGGACUGUCGCUUUGCUUUGUGAGGUGGCUAAAGUUUACUUCCUGCUGGAACUAAGCUGCAGCUAUGGUGUGUUCCUUCUCCUUUUCUUAUUUACCAAGUUAUCAUCUCUGAAAGUUUCCAGGUAGGAUUGUUGCCACAUCUAGUUCUGAUAGUGAUUUUCUUAUCCAGAAUCCCUCACAGUCUUUUAUGAUCACAUUGAUCUGUGCAGCAUUGAUCAGGGGGAGAUGAGUUUUCUGGGAAUGGGAGAAUACUCAUUCUUGCUAAACAAAUAAGCUAGCUUGCCUUUGCUUUAAUUAGGCAUAUUUUAAAGUAUUUAUUGCAGUUGCCAACUAGUAACUGGGUGGAAAAGUUAAUUUCACAGUGAGAAAUGAAAAGUAAUUUGGUUGCUGACUUUAAUGUGUUCAGAGGCUCUUAGAGUUUUAUGUCUGUGACCCAUGUUACUAAGUUCAAAUAAAUUAUGAUCUGAUUCAGGCACAUAACUGAACUGUAUUGGGAGAAGAAAGUGCAAAAAAUGACUGUCCCGUGUUUUUAUACCUUGUUUGGCAUCCAUGUUUAAAUCAAAGCCUCAGAGGUAUGACAUGGGGGUACCUGAUGGAGCCAACAUCUUGUUAGACAAGUUUCAAGGCUCACUGAAAGUGGUCUUGGCGUAGGCUUUUAUCCUUCUGAGAAACUACAUAGGAUUCAUCAGAAGUGGUGCACGGUCACAGAAAAGGCAGCCACACUUGUCAAUGCAAGCAUCAUUUUAAAGAAAAUGCCUUCAUUGGGCACUGUGGCGCAUGCCUAUAGUCCUGGCUACUCAGGAGGCUGAGACAGAAGAGUGGCUUGAGCCUAGGAGUUCAAAACCAGCCCAGGCAAAAUGGUGCGACUCAGGGUGUUUUGUUUUGUGUUUUUAAUAUUAGUCUUAAAUUUGGAGGCAUCAUGAUGGGCAGCUGUAAUCUGGGUUAUUGGGAAAUCUUUGUUCCUUAGAAGUUGAUUAGAUCUAAACCAAUGAUCCAUAAGUAAAUAGAAAAACAUCUAAAGCCUUUCUAAUUCCCAGAAGUUUAUGGUGUAAGAUUAUGUAUGCACUUUAUAAGCUAGAGGAGGAAAAAAGACAAAGUUUCUACUUUAGGCACCAAACCUGUGAAGUAGACUUACAGAGACCAGAGGAUUCCCCAGGAACCCCAGCGUGGGGAUGUGCAUGCAGAUGCUGCUGCCAUGCCAACUGUGUUCCAUGCCUUAGUUGAAGCCAAAGUAGAAAUUUGUCUCUAAUGUCCAAAUCUCAAUUCACUGUGCCUUAUUCUUAAAGGAAAAGAAUUAUAAUUUUACAGUUUCUCCUGCUAGCUAAAGGAAUGUAUUUUAGUUUGCAUGUAAACAACAUUCUUUAAUUUCUGAAGUACUUUUUUUUUUUAAUGGAAAGAAAGUACACUUAGUUCCAACAUAAUUAAAUUUAACCUUGAUUGACACUCAACUAGCAAAUUAUAGACAGGAGCCAGUAUGAAGACAGCCAGAGCAUGUUUACUCAUUGGACAUUAGUUGAAAGGGUUUGAUGCUUUUGCUACGUGGCUGUGUUUAACACCUCCACCCUGGCUGCCUGGUGUUUUUGUCUGGGGUUUCCUGGAUCCGUGAUUGUCUUGAUUUUUAAUUCUCUGAAGAAGAGCUUGAUGUUUUCCCCUCCCUGGAUCAGCUGUGCACCUGGCGGACGAGACGAUCUCGUUUCUUCGAGCCUGUGUAAACACUGACCUUCAGUUCAUGUCCUGCACGCUCAGGUUCAUCCUAGAGCCCCUCCUGCCUUCCUCCUUCCUGCCUGUCCUCCACAUUUCCCCUGGAAGGGGUGGUGCUCAAGCCCAGGUCCUUCAAGGCUGUGAGGCAUGUUUUAUUGAUGAGCUACAAUCCCCAACCCAAAGACUAAUUUUUUAUAGUCUGUGUCACACCCUGUAAGGGACAGGUUAGUAUUAGGUGUCCUGCGUGCUGUCCUUCUAGGAUUUUUUGUGCUUUCCUGUAUUUGUUUCUCUGUGGAGCACAGCUCUUCCUUCCAGCACGUCAGCACCAGUUGUAGGAAAGAUUUGCUUCCCUUUCCUUCACAGCUUCCAAUCGGAGUUUUUAAAACUGGGAUAUUUCUUGACAAUUUGGUUAUUAUGAACACACACAGGGAUACCAAUCUCCAUUACACACACACACACACACACACACACACACACACAUCCUACAAAUUAGGAACUUCAAGAUUCAAUGGAGUGGGUGUUAGGGAGUUUCUAUCUUGAUACGUUGGCAUUCUGAGCUAGGUGUGUCCAGGUCAUAUUAUGUAUUAUUUAGUAGCAUUGUUGAUUUCUAGUCACAAAUCCCCAAGUCAUCUAGUCUUCUCCCCAAGCUAUGACAACCAAAAGUUCCUCUAGACAUUGUCAUGUAUUCCCUGGGGGGCAGUACCAACCCCUCUCUAUUUCUAAACUAUGAGCUAUAAUCAUAUUUAAGCAUUAUUGAUGGAUCUGCUCCUCCCAAGUCCAAUAGUGUACUCUAUUCUGCAGGAUUCAUAGCGCCCCUCCCCCCCACUGGCCUGAAACUCUGAAGUGGAGUGAGCACUAUCCAGAAAGGAUUGACAAGGGAGAGCCAUCCUUUCCUGGAGGCUCGAGGUUAUGUUACAGUAUUGUGGAGUUUUGUUGCUUUAAAAUCCUCCUCUUCUCAAGGGCAAGAUUGCCAAAGUGUAGCAUCGCAUUUGGGGUGGGGGUUGUUAAAACUUCAGAGUUUCAAUAACUUCUUGCUAGUUGCAUGGGGACCUCCCCCCUCCCCAAAGGAUGUGCACGUACACACCUGUUGCUGGUGAAGAACAUUCAAUGGUGCUGUAAAUGAUGUGUUCUGAAAACUCGAAAUGCCAAUCAGAUGUUCGUGGAAAUUAAACAGACAGCUCAAA